GAGGGAGCGGGCGGAGGAGGAAGUGUCAUGGCGUCGGGCCGUGGAGCUUCUUCUCGCUGGUUCUUUACUCGGGAACAGCUGGAGAACACGCCGAGCCGCCGCUGCGGAGUGGAGGCGGAUAAAGAGCUCUCGUGCCGCCAGCAGGCGGCCAACCUCAUCCAGGAGAUGGGACAGCGUCUCAAUGUCUCUCAGCUUACAAUAAACACUGCGAUAGUUUAUAUGCACAGGUUUUAUAUGCACCAUUCUUUCACCAAAUUCAACAAAAAUAUAAUAUCGUCUACUGCAUUAUUUUUGGCUGCAAAAGUGGAAGAACAGGCUCGAAAACUUGAACAUGUUAUCAAAGUAGCACAUGCUUGUCUUCAUCCUCUAGAGCCACUGCUGGAUACUAAAUGUGAUGCUUACCUUCAACAGACUCAAGAACUGGUUAUACUUGAAACCAUAAUGCUACAAACUCUAGGUUUUGAGAUCACCAUUGAACACCCACACACAGAUGUGGUGAAAUGUACCCAGUUAGUAAGAGCAAGCAAGGAUUUGGCACAGACAUCCUAUUUCAUGGCUACCAACAGUCUGCAUCUUACAACCUUCUGUCUUCAGUACAAACCAACAGUGAUAGCAUGUGUAUGCAUUCAUUUGGCUUGCAAAUGGUCCAAUUGGGAGAUCCCUGUAUCAACUGAUGGAAAGCAUUGGUGGGAAUAUGUGGAUCCUACAGUUACUCUAGAAUUAUUAGAUGAGCUAACACAUGAGUUUCUACAAAUAUUGGAGAAAACGCCUAAUAGGUUGAAGAAGAUUCGAAACUGGAGGGCUAAUCAGGCGGCUAGGAAACCAAAAGUAGAUGGACAGGUAUCAGAGACACCACUUCUUGGUUCAUCUUUGGUCCAGAAUUCCAUUUUAGUAGAUAGUGUCACUGGUGUGCCUACAAACCCAAGUUUUCAGAAACCAUCUACAUCAGCAUUCCCUGCACCAGUACCUCUAAAUUCAGGAAAUAUUUCUGUUCAAGACAGCCAUACAUCUGAUAAUUUGUCAGUGCUAGCAACAGGAAUGCCAAGUACUUCAUACGGUUUGUCAUCACACCAGGAAUGGCCUCAACAUCAAGACUCAGCAAGGACAGAACAGAUAUAUUCACAGAAACAGGAGACAUCUUUGUCUGGUAGCCAGUACAACAUCAACUUCCAGCAGGGACCUUCUAUAUCACUGCAUUCAGGAUUACAUCACAGACCUGACAAAAUUUCAGAUCAUUCUUCUGUUAAGCAAGAAUAUACUCAUAAAGCAGGGAGCAGUAAACACCAUGGGCCAAUUUCUGCUACUCCAGGAAUAAUUCCUCAGAAAAUGUCUUUAGACAAAUAUAGAGAAAAGCGUAAACUAGAAACUCUUGAUCUUGAUGUAAGGGAUCAUUAUAUAGCUGCCCAGGUAGAACAGCAGCACAAACAAGGGCAGUCACAGGCAGCCAGCAGCAGUUCUGUUACUUCUCCCAUUAAAAUGAAAAUACCCAUUGCAAAUACUGAAAAAUACAUGGCAGAUAAAAAGGAAAAGAGUGGAUCACUGAAAUUACGGAUUCCAAUACCACCCACUGAUAAAAGCGCCAGUAAAGAAGAACUGAAAAUGAAAAUAAAAGUUUCCUCUUCAGAAAGACACAGCUCUUCUGAUGAAGGCAGUGGGAAGAGCAAGCAUUCAAGCCCACAUAUUAGCAGAGACCAUAAGGAGAAGCACAAGGAGCAUCCUUCAAGCCGCCACCACACCAGCAGCCACAAGCAUUCCCACUCGCAUAGUGGCAGCAGCAGCGGUGGCAGUAAACACAGUGCCGACGGAAUACCACCCACUGUUCUGAGGAGUCCUGUUGGCCUGAGCAGUGAUGGCAUUUCCUCUAGCUCCAGCUCUUCAAGGAAGAGGCUGCAUGUCAAUGAUGCAUCUCACAACCACCACUCCAAAAUGAGCAAAAGUUCCAAAAGUUCAGGUAGUUCAUCUAGUUCUUCCUCCUCUGUUAAGCAGUAUAUAUCCUCUCACAACUCUGUUUUUAACCAUCCCUUACCCCCUCCUCCCCCUGUCACAUACCAGGUGGGCUACGGACAUCUCAGCACCCUCGUGAAACUGGACAAGAAGCCAGUGGAGACCAACGGUCCUGAUGCCAAUCACGAGUACAGUACAAGCAGCCAGCAUAUGGACUACAAAGACACAUUCGACAUGCUGGACUCGCUGUUAAGUGCCCAAGGAAUGAACAUGUAAUAAUUUGUUUAGGUCAAUUUUUCCUUUACUUUUUUAAUUUAAAAAUUGUUAGAAUGGAAAAAUUCCUUCUGAUCUAGCAGUGGUAACCCCUGCUGUUGCUGCCACUGCUUCAAUAUUUGUAAGUGCUGCUUUAUUCUUCAUUCUGAAAAGAAGAGAUUAUAGUAAACAAGUCUUUAUCUCCACAUAUGAUAGUGUUAUAAAUACUGUAAAAGCAUGGAAGGUGCAAAACUCAGUAUUUCUACAAUUGCAGCUAAGAACAUUAGGAUGAAUGGCUGGCUGCUUCUAGGAAUAUAAGAUGCCUCAAGCAUUCAUUAUUUAUGAUUUGAAUACUGUAGCUAUUUUUUGUUGCUUGGCUUUUGAAUGAGUGUAAAUUGUUUUCUUUUGUGUAUUUAUACUUGUAUGUAUGAUUUGCAUGUUUCAAAGAUAAAGGGAUAAAACAGUAUACUGACAACUGUUUACAAGAAAGUGGAGAAAAAUGUACAUACAUUUUUGUAUGUUUAGAUAUUACCAUAAAUACUCAGGAUUGGAGCUGCUUGUAAGUAUAACAAUAUACAGAAUAACUUUAUUUUAUCUUGUCAGAGUCCAUCACUAAUCUAAAACAAAGGUGGCACUUUUUUAUGUUAACCUUAAACUCUAGGCCUUACUGGAAGCCACUGAUAGGGGACACUUCACUACCAGAUGUGUAUGCAGUGCCACAGAUGGUCACGUACACUGUGAGGCACUGAAAUUUUGCCUUCAGAGGUUCUGACCAGAUUGGCUGCUGAAAUAGCCCCUAACUUUCUGAAGGCUUGAAGAGGAAAAAAUAAAGUUUACAUACUCUUGAUGUGAAGUGCAUUUAAAUGUUUGUUGGCUUGUUGCAGUUCUAUGAAACAGAGCUGUUAAUAAUGGUUAUGUGGAUUACUGUGAUUUGAAAACUAAAUUCACAAUAACUUACCUAGUAGAGACUUAGUGAGUUGUUUCCUUUAAAGAAUUUUACACUACAUAUUUUAGCAGUAAACAGGGAUCACUUUUCCUUUAGCAUUCAGAAUGACACCACAUUCUUAAAUAUACUCCUUCCCUGAAGCGUGUUUGUGUGUGAUGCCAUAUUUCUUUUUCAGGUAAAUGUAGUCUUCCUUAUAAAAAUGAAAUUAAACCUAUGCUCUCUCAAUUCUUUUAUAUUCUAACAAUAAAUAAAAAAGAAAAGAUUACUGACUGUGCAUUGUACCUGUAUUUAUAGUUAUGGUUAUCAGGAAGCUCUGUAAGAAAGAAGAGGUCAGCCUCCUAGGCAAACAACUAGUGGAGGUUUUACAUUUGUUUGCACAUCUCAGUGUAUUUCUGUUGAGGUAAAGUUUGCACAGUCAUCUGACUUCUGAUCAAACAUUGGAUUUUAACUUGUUUAGAUUUUGUCCUAAACACCAGUAAUAUGGCUCUUGUUUAUCAGCUAAUCUUGAAUUUAUUCUGUGGUAAAUCUUUGAGUUGAGUAUAUUUGAGAUUGAUUGGAUUCAACCUCUUGUUGAACUGAAAACAAUUUUUUUUUUCUGUAUUUUUGUUACAAAGCCACUGAUAUGUGCACAAUUGUAAUUUUACUCAAGUAUGUUGCAGUUGUAAAUAUUAGAGUUUAAUCUUGUGCUCUACCUUUAUUUAGCAAUUAUCUAAUAGCUUUAUAAUUUUUAAAGAUAAUUGUUCUUUAUUUUGUCAAUGUUAUUUGAACUUGGGGUACUUAGGAGCCUCUUUGUAGGGACUGUGCCUAGGUAGCAUGUCCUAACAUUUGUUCUUGUCUUGCAUAACUUUAGUGAUCUUUGUCAUUAUAUGUAACUUUGUUGCUCUGUAUGGCAUAAUAUUGUAUCCAUAAACAUGGUAAUUUUGAUACAGUUAUACUUUUACAGUGGUACAUAAUCCAAGGACUAGUAUAGAAUUAAGCGAGUGCAAGAUGAGGGAGGGAAGGGCUUUCUUGAUAAUUUAGAUGUGAAACCUCUACAAGAGCUAUCAUGUAAAAACUACAUAAGGUGGUUGUGCUACUGUAUAAUCGGGGGUGAUAAUACCAGGAAUUUUAAUAAGAUUUUGUAAAGAAUAUCCAGAAAAGUAGUGAACUUAUUUUCAGUAGACAUAGAUAACAAUGUGAAUAUUUAAGGUCUGUGACUAUAGUUAAACUUCACUAAGAAUUUGCAGAAUUGUUUUGAGAUGUGGGAAUAAAGGUAAUUUUAUUGAAUCUUCAUUGGUGCUAAUGAUGGACAGUUAAAAAGAUAGCUAGUGUAUAUUGUUAUGGGUCAGUACUUAUUAGUACUUCCAAAAUUGAAUUUGAAAUGCUAUGUAUUCACUUUUCACUCUGUAAAUGUAAUUCUUUACAAUGACUUUAUUUAUUAAAGGGCAGCCAGUUGUCAUUUUUACAGGAUUGUGUGAGCUAUUCAAACUCCUUAACCCCUGAACAGGAUAUUAAGCUUCCAGAAUAACAAUGGGAAUAAAUAUGGAAUCCUUUUUAAGUUUUAUUUCCAUUAAACAGAAACCCUUAUAAUUCAUACUAUCAUGAAUUUGUUUUAUCCAUCUUAUUUGCAUAACAGUUCAUCUGCCUGGUCCCACUAGGCUCUACCAAAGAAAAAGACUCUGAUGAGUGGACAUUAUUACUGUGACUCUUGUAAGUAGCCAUAAAUAAGCCAAAAUAGAAUCAAAUUUAGGUAUGAAAUUCCACAUGUGCAAAGUACUGUUAAGGUGAUAACAUUUUUGAUGAGAUUUAAAAAAAAAUAUUUGAAAUAUUAAAAAGCAUUAUCUUUAAACGUCCUAUAAAAGAGUGAGUCAUUUUUAAGUUGUGUUUUCCCUAGAUCACUGAUUUGUUACCUUUACACAGAAGCACGUUGCAAAGAAAGGCUUUACUUCUACCUCUUCCAGCUAGUUUUCCAAUAUUGAACUGUGUCCCUCUAAAUAUUUGCCUUAGCUAUUUCAAAAUAGAUAUUUUCAGAACCAAAGCAAAGGGGUGAUUUGUUCACUGAAACAUUCUUAAGAGGCCUACUUAACAGGCAGUAGUCUGUAGUGGUAAAACCUCACAGUUUCUUAAUUGCAGGUAUGUAAAUACCAAAAAAGUCCUGUUGUCAGCCAUAGAUUUAUCUUUGAAAGCAAUUAAAUGUGCACCUUGGUCUUCCUCUGUGCAGAUUCGUUCUGGUUAAAGUUCUUAUUCAGAGUCAUCUAAAAGAAAUUUCUAACAUGAUGUAUGGUUUCUUGAAUGUCAUGAGUAGCUGCUUGUAUUACUUUGUAGCAACAGAUUGUAUUAAUAUUACGUAGAAUACCUAACUUUUUUGGCCUAUCCUCUUUGAACUAGAAAUGACUACUUGAGGGCUCUUUCAGAGAACCAAUAUGAAGUGUUUUUGUUAGUACCAAAUACCCUUGCCUUAAAAGGUUUCAAGCACAUUUUCCUUUAUAUUUGAGAACUUAAAUUGCUGACUUGUAUUCCUUAGGCAACCUUAGAAAUAAACCACUGCUUAUAGCUGCAUGAAUGUUACGCACUUCAUGAGUACAGUUAGUUGAUUAGAUAUUUCAGGGUUUUGCAUUUACUAUAGACAUGAUGGGGACUUUUUUAAUGUGAUAACAUCUUAGGAAAACCUUCCUCAAGAUAUUACACGAUUUCCAAUUUUAUCCAAAUGAAAAGCAUACCUGCUUAAAUUUAGGAUGUCUUUGCUGAGAAUAUUUGGAGGCUCUUGUUAGGAAGAAUCGUGGAUUCAGUAUUUCUAACCUGAUUACUGCCUCAGAGGCUGUCUUGGGAGGCAGUAGGAUUCACUGACUACCUUUACCCAGAUGAGGGAUCAACAGAUCUCACACUUGAAUUAAAUGAGUUGACAGGACAGUAGGUGCUAAUUUCAUGCGCCCUAAGAUGGGCUUAUGUAGACAGGAAUUUUUGCAUUGGAAAAGCAGCACAUUCUCUGACCUUGGGUACCAAGCUAUGAUACUAAUUUGAGAAUCACAUUCUGAUACAUUAAUAUCAGAAAUCAGUGAGCAACCUAAUCGCUGUAAGCUGACAUAUAUGGAAGCUGAAAUCAAAAGGUUGCUUGUUUUGUUAGUUUCCCUGGAGCAUCUAUCUUUAAUACAUCUUGCCAGUGGGACUGAAGAGCUCAAAAUGUUUUAGGCCUAAUACCAUACAUUCAUUUUCUGCUCUGCAGUGUCAAUUUGGGCACAGCCAGUUUUUGCCUCUGUGGCACCUUUCUGUAGUUUACUGUUACCUAUUCUGCCUGACAGAUUGCUUAAGUAGGUUGAUAAGAUGCAUCGAAGAUUGAAUGGCUAGGAGUAAUUCUGUUCUCAUACAGGCAACUUAACUUCACUGUGGAAUCCAUUUAUCUCAAAGUUUUGAGGGCCGUCUAAUUUCCUUUAUUUUCAAGUAUGGGGCGGAAACUCAAAAUCGCGAGCAUUGCCGCUUUAGUAGCUUGUUUGAUUUGCCUAUUGUUUAAUAACGAGUACAUUCUUAGUAAGUGAUGAGUACAUUCUUAUUUUUAAGGCAUGUUUUGUUUUUUAAGCAGCUUCAUUUUAUUAGAAAAACUUCAUAUGUACUCAUUUGUUGUAAACAGUGAUUGUGGGGUUUCAUUUUCUGAAUGUACUCAAAACUCCCAACAAUUGAAUAGGAUGUUUGCUAAUAGAAAAUCUAAAACAGGAAUAUGUGUAUAUGGCAUGAAUUAGUCAUUGACUUUAAGCUUCUUAUCCAUACAAGGAACUAAUAAAAUGUGUUUAUUGACAACAUAAA